AUGGGAAAGGGAGACUCUGUGUGCCGACUGCAUGGCUCAGCACAACCACCUGAACUGGCUCAAGAUGGCGACCUUGUAAUCGGAGGCAUAUUUUCUUUUCGCACAGCGCAGGAUUAUGUAAUUAACACAUUUCAGAAAUUUCCAGAAUUGCGAAAAUGCAACAACUUCAAUUUUAGAGAAUUUAAAUUUGCACAAGUGGUCAUGUUUGCUAUAAAUGAGAUCAACAACAACACUAAUUUGCUCCCUAAUGUUAAACUGGGCUACAAGAUAUAUGAUGACUGUGGAACUAUGGGCAUUCUGAGAGCUGCACUGGCCCUGGUGAGCGGACUAAAGGGAGAACUCAGUGACAACAACUGCAAUAAAUCUGAGACAGUGCAAGCUAUCUUGGGACAUUCAGGAUCGAGACCAACUAUUGCAUUUGCACAAGUUGUUGGAAGGUUCGAUAUACCUGUGAUCAGUCAUUUUGCCACCUGUGCCUGUCUGAGCAACAGGAAAGAGUACCCCACUUUUUUUAGAACUAUUCCCAGUGACUAUUACCAGAGCAGAGCACUGGCUAAGCUGGUCAAGCACUUUGGUUGGGCCUGGAUUGGGGCUCUAUCUGUGGAAAACGAAUAUGGCCUCAAUGGCAUUGCUGCAUUUAUCCAAGCUGCACAAGAAUAUGGAGUGUGCAUUGAGUAUUCUGAAGUAUUUUCAUCGUCAGAUCCUCCUGGCAGCCUGCAGAGAAUAAUAGAGAUCAUUAAGCAUGCCACUUCCAAAGUGAUUAUGGCUUUUAUGUCUCACAGAGAAAUUAAGUUGCUGGCAAAAGAGUUGUUCAAACAGAACAUUACAGGACUGCAGUGGGUCGGCAGUGACGCCUGGAUUACAGAUGACUCUCUGACGGACAGUGAGGGACACAGCCUCCUGGUGGGCUCACUGGGCUUCACUGUCAGCAAAGCUAAGAUCCCGGGGCUGCAGGAGCACCUGAGGCAGCUCCACCCAUCACAGUUUCCUGACAGUCAGUUUGUCAGAGAUUUCUGGGAAGACGUGUUUGACUGCGCUCUGAAUGCCACUGCGAAUACACAAAGAAAGCCAUGCAGCGGCUUUGAGAGCUUGCAGACCGUUGAAUCGUAUUUCACAGAUGUCUCUGAGCUGAGAUUUACUAAUAAUGUAUACAAGUCAGUUUACGCAGUGGCUCAUGCUCUUGAAAACCUGAUUAAAUGUGAGGAAGGUAAAGGGCCUUUUUCAAAUAGGAGCUGUGCUGAUGCCAAACACAUUCAACCAUGGCAGGUCUUGCAAUAUCUCAACACUGUGAAUUUCACCACCGAGGAAGGAGAAAGAGUUUAUUUUGACAGUAAUGGAGAUUCACCGGCAAGAUAUGAACUUGUAAACUUACAAAUGACAAACAAAGGAACCAUGGAAGGAGUAACAGUUGGCAUUUAUGAUGAGGUUCCUGUGUCAGUCUGCAGUGAGAGCUGUCUCCCAGGAACUCGUAAGGUCCUCCAGAAAGGCAAGCCAAUCUGCUGUUAUAAUUGCAUUCCCUGUCAAGCAGGCGAAAUCAGUAAUUCAACAGACUCAAUACACUGUAUGAAAUGCCCACCAGAGUACUGGUCCAACAAGAAGAGAGAUGCUUGUGUCAACAAAGAAUUAGAAUUUUUAGCAUAUGAUGAAAUCCUUGGAACUCUGCUAGCCUCAUUUGCACUGCUGGGAGUUUUUCUAACUAUGAUUACAACGCUAGUCUUCUACGGCCACAAAGAAACCCCUGUAGUACGAGCCAACAACUCUGAGCUGA